CUCGCUGCGGGGACGCCGAGUGCGGCUGGCGGCGCUGACAGCGGCGGCCUUGCCUCUCCCGCCUCGCCCCCGGCCCUCCCCAUGUGAUCGGUCUUAAUCCCGGCCGAGAGCGCGCGCGGGGCUCCAUUCCGCGGCGCCGGUCUGCGAGCCGGUGGGUGCUCCAGCGCCUCUCGCGUCCCUCCCCCGGAGCGCAGAGGACCGGGAGGCGUGCUCAGGCAUCGAUCGGGGACCCACGCGCGGCGGACGCGGGGCGCGGCGGACGCGGGCGAGCGGCAACUUUGAGCCGGCGCGGAGCGCAGAGCCCACCGCGGGCGCAGCGGCAGCGGCGGCUCGAGCGUUGGCCCGCCGUGCGGUCGGGUGUGCAGUCGGACGGACGCGCAGCGCCUCGCUGACCCCGGCGGCUGGAGAUGUCCGAGCCCAAGGCACUUGAUCCCAAGUUGUCGACGACCGACAGGGUGGUGAAAGCUGUCCCGUUCCCGCCAAGCCAUCGGCUCACAGCCAAGGAAGUGUUCGACAGCGAUGGGAAGCCCCGCGUGGACGUGUUGAAGGCGCAUCUCAUGAAGGAGGGCAGGCUGGAAGAGAGCGUGGCGUUGAGAAUAAUAACGGAGGGCGCGUCGAUCCUGCGACAGGAGAAGAACCUGCUGGAUAUCGAUGCGCCGGUCACAGUUUGUGGGGACAUCCAUGGACAAUUCUUUGACUUGAUGAAGCUCUUUGAAGUGGGGGGAUCCCCUGCCAACACUCGCUACCUCUUCUUGGGGGACUAUGUUGACAGAGGCUACUUCAGUAUCGAAUGUGUGCUGUAUUUGUGGGCCUUGAAAAUUCUCUACCCCAAAACACUGUUUUUACUUCGUGGAAAUCAUGAAUGUAGACAUCUAACAGAGUAUUUCACAUUUAAACAAGAAUGUAAAAUAAAAUAUUCGGAACGCGUGUAUGACGCCUGCAUGGAUGCCUUCGACUGCCUCCCCCUGGCCGCCCUGAUGAAUCAGCAGUUCCUGUGUGUACACGGUGGUCUGUCUCCAGAGAUUAACACUUUAGAUGACAUCAGAAAAUUAGACCGAUUCAAAGAGCCACCUGCUUACGGACCCAUGUGCGACAUCCUGUGGUCAGACCCCCUGGAGGAUUUCGGGAACGAGAAGACUCAGGAACAUUUCACCCACAACACCGUCCGGGGCUGUUCGUACUUCUACAGUUACCCGGCUGUAUGUGAGUUCUUACAGCACAAUAACUUGUUAUCCAUACUCCGAGCCCACGAAGCCCAAGACGCAGGGUAUCGCAUGUACAGGAAAAGCCAAACCACAGGCUUCCCUUCUCUAAUUACAAUUUUUUCGGCACCAAAUUACUUAGAUGUGUACAAUAACAAAGCUGCAGUAUUGAAGUAUGAGAACAACGUCAUGAAUAUCAGGCAGUUCAACUGCUCCCCUCAUCCAUACUGGCUUCCAAACUUCAUGGAUGUUUUCACUUGGUCCCUGCCAUUUGUUGGGGAAAAAGUGACCGAGAUGCUGGUGAAUGUCCUCAACAUCUGCUCGGACGAUGAGCUAGGGUCGGAAGAAGAUGGAUUUGAUGGAGCGACGGCUGCAGCGCGGAAGGAGGUGAUCCGGAACAAGAUCCGCGCCAUCGGCAAGAUGGCCAGGGUGUUCUCGGUCCUCAGAGAAGAGAGUGAGAGUGUGCUGACGCUGAAAGGCCUGACCCCGACUGGCAUGCUCCCCAGCGGCGUGCUUUCUGGAGGGAAGCAAACCCUGCAAAGCGCUACUGUUGAGGCUAUUGAGGCUGAUGAAGCUAUCAAAGGAUUCUCUCCGCAACACAAGAUCACCAGCUUCGAGGAAGCCAAGGGCUUAGACCGCAUCAACGAGCGGAUGCCGCCGCGCAGAGACGCCCUGCCCUCCGACGCCAGCCUGAACUCCAUCAACAAGGCCCUCGCCUCCGAGACCAACGGCACGGACAGCAACGGCAGCAACAGCAGCAACAUCCAGUGACCGCUUCCCGCCACUGUCCUUUCGUCCGAGCUGCGGGGCGUGGUGGGUGGCUGCGGCCAGCAGUGGGGUGUUCUUGCCUCUGACGGUGGCUUGUGUGCUCUGGGGCCAGGAGUUGGAUUCAGUUUACACUAUCAUGAAAAACGAGGGAGAAAGAUAAAAAAUCUAUAUUUUGGUGGGGGUGGUGACUAAACACCUCUUUGGGGUAUGCCUUUUAAAAAUGCUUAUAGGGAAAAAAUUUUAAAGAGAAAGCUAACGCUAGAAUAGACUGCAAUGUUAGGGGAAUGAACACGUUUUCCUACUGCAUCGGGGACUUCUAGGUAGGUUAAUGAAAGGCCUUUUAUUCUGUUACUGGACAUGAAAACUUUGUCUAAUUUCUUACUCUAUUGUACGUUUACAGUCGCAGCACUAAAAAUGGAUGACAUCAAACAUUUUUAACAAGAUGAUGUACAAACUAAAUAAGGACUAUUUAUUGAUAAUGUUUUGCUACUCUUGUCAGACAAUGGCUAUAAACUGAAUUAGGCAGUCUUAAAAAAAAAAGAGAAAAAGAAAAAAAAAAGAAUGUUGCAAAUUUGUUAAAAUGCCAAAAAGGACAGUUUAAUUUUGUACAGAUUAUGCUUACCUCAGGUUUAUUUAGUGUGCUUGAAUGCCCUUCUUUCCAUAUAACACUUAUCUUAUUAAUUUGGCAAUGAAUAUCUUUUCUUUUAAAGUUUAAAAAAACUGGAAUAAUUACAUCUAUCUUUUUUUGCUGUUUAUAUUUAGGGUUUUUUGUUGAUAAAUCAAGUCUUGGUUGUGGCUUGCUGAAUUAAAUAUUUAUGAGUGGUGCAUUUUUAAGUAUAGUGAACAAGACACCAUAUUAAGUGAUAAAGCAUCUAUAUUCUGUAAAAAAAAAAAAUCUGCCUAUGCAUGUUUUUUAAGAAAAAAAACUGGCUGUAUCGGCCUGUAUGGGACUGUAAUGCGCUUAGUGGUCCGACAUGUACUGGAGGUGUGUGUAUACUGGCGUACUUUAUAUUCUCUAAAAUGCUUAAUGCCUUUGAAAUUUUGUAAUCAAAAAAGCUUUGAAAAAAUCUAAAGGGGAGAGUAUUCUUAAAAGUUUUUAACAUAAGCUUGUCAGUGCACACAUAGAUAGUUAGCAUGUUUAGCAAACCUUGUGAAAUUUAAAUAAGUUUGUAGUUACAUGUGAAACUCUAAAUGCAUGGUAACUGUUAAUGUCAUAACAAUUUAGUUAUUUCGUUCUGUUCUGUCAUGUGCCACAAAAUAUGUACUUUUUUCACUUUUUUCCCUUUGUAUAUCAGUUACGGGUUACAACUGGUUCAUUCUGAAAACAACAACAACAAAAGUCCAUUCAUAUUUUUUAAUAAUUGUAUAAGUGCCCAAGUAAUUCACUACAGCCUAAAGCCUUGCCUUUGUAAUUUGACUUCUGAAAUGUUGGCAAUCGAAGCAUGCACUUGUAACAAUGAAAAAGAAAAAGCAUUUUAUAUUACUACUCAAUAAAAUGUGCAUGAACUUACAGAACUCUCAUCCUUCCACCGAGUCGCUGAAGGCGUUGCUGUGCACAGCCCCCAUGGUCUUCUCGGUGCCGGCCCACGCCGCCUCUCAGGGGCUGACAGCCUCUUGCUACGGGCCUGUGAUCUGAGCGUGGUGCCUCUUCCACUGUGAGGACCUUGGGGGAUUCGUGUCUCAGAUCGGCCAGGAGAAGUCUAUUCACAGAGCAAAUGCCAUCUUCUGGCCCCCACAUCCGUGGGAGCCAGAAAAGAAACCAGAGCAUUCCUUUUCAUUGAAAAAAACAAACAAAUCAACUUGUUAUCAGGUUGUUUCAGUUGUAUUGGGCGCCCUAUCUGCUAAAGCGACAAGAAUUAGGCUACUAAGUGCAUUUUAAUCACAGAAGAGAGUUGCAUUUGUAUUAAUCCGAAAUUUGUAAACCCGCGCUUCAGCUACUAUCUAAUCACCCGAAGAUUUAAGAUACACCAAAUUUCAGUUUGUUUCUAACAUUGUUCAUUUUUAGUGCACUUUGUUUUAUGUAAUAAAGUAUGCCUGUUAUAUUAAAAUAAUAAGAUUAUGACAAUUAGCGAUAGAGUGUACCAAAACAAAGAUGUUCUAGAUAUAUUCUCUGACAAAGACUAUCCCAAGUUUAUUUUAAUGAAUCCAAACAUUUUUUCCUGUGGAUAUUUUUUCAUCCUAAAAAAAAAAAAAAAAAUUGACAUCCAAGGAAAAUAUUUAGAUGCAACUUACUAGAAAGAUGUGAAAGAAAUGGUAAUGCUGGUACCAAGGUGUUUAUUUUCUUUCUUAUAACUGUGGAGAAAAUAUCCUGACAAAAAAAAAUUCAUUUUUUUGGAUUCCUUUCUUUUACAAAUUGUGCUGAGGCAACUAUGGCAUAGAAAUAAACAUUUGACAUUAAAAUAA